UUAGUUGUGGUUUAUUAUUGAUUUUUAGAGCUGCACAUAAUUUAUUCAUUUCUCUCACGCCGGUGUACACGUCCACGGCGAAGCCCGAAGCCACUCCACGCUCACUCACUUCUUAGUUCUAAGCCAGAUUCCGGCGACUCAUGGCGGACAUGGCUCAGGCUGCCGACGUUUACGCGCCGAGGAGUCCACACCUGUGGGGUGCGCUGUUGAACUGGCUGUGUUUCUUCUUCCAGAUCCUCGUUCAGAUCGUCAGAGGCACGCCGUCGCUCACUCAGGUCCUCUCCUACCUCGGCUUCCGCAACAGCUCCUUUCUCUCCUCUCCGCCUCCGGAGUUCAAGCCGCUGCGGACGGUUGAGCUCUCCGAGUUCCCGGAGCCUGAGGAGGCGCCGCCUCUGCCUCCGCCGCCCUCCGUGGCCGUUCAGCCUCUGCCAAUCGCCAAGGGAAGAGUCGCCGGUUGCGACGGCGAGCAUCCUCUGCCGAGGCUCACGGUGGUCCUUGACUUGGAUGAAACUUUGGUUUGUGCAUAUGAGACAUCAACUUUGCCUUCUAUAAUAACUACUGAGGCUACUGAGGCCGGGUUGAACUGGUUUGAACUCGAGUGUGUAUCUUCGGACAAGGAAUGCGAUGGCAAACCUAAGAUCAACUACGUCACGGUGUUUGAACGUCCUGGACUCCAUGAAUUUCUGAAACAACUUGGCACAUUUGCUGACCUUGUGUUAUUUACUGCUGGACUCGAAGGCUAUGCGAGGCCCCUUGUCGACAAGAUAGAUGUUGAAAAUCGGUUUAUUCGCAGACUUUACAGGCCUUCAACCACUAGCACGGAAUAUCGAGAACACGUGAAGGAUUUGUCUGGAAUAUCAAAUGAUUUAUCCCGAAUUGUUAUUGUUGACAACAAUCCCUUCAGUUUCUUAUUGCAACCAUUAAACGGGAUUCCCUGCAUUCCAUUCUCUGCUGGACAGCCACACGAUGAGCAGCUAAUGGACGUGAUACUCCCGCUCCUCAAGCAUCUCUCUCAGCAGGAGGACGUCCGGCCAGCGCUCAACCAAAGGUUCCAUAUGCCGGAAUGGUUUGAAAAGCAUGGAAUCCCAAGUUCUGGAUUGACAACGUAGGAUGAAGAAGAAGAUGUUAUUGUUGUGGUAAUAAGUUACUUCUGAGAAAGAAUUUUUGUAUAGCAUGAUUUUGUCUGAAUGAGUAUGGCAUUGACAAAAGAGGUUCUGUAGUCUCUCCCAUUCAGACAUGUGCAUCAGUGCAUGUAUAAUUGGUGGAUUCGGAGAUUCUUGUAUAACUCUGUUUAUAGCUAUCUUGUAUUAUUGGUGUUCGUUAAUGUAUGUACAAUUGUUCUUAUUAUA